AUGCUUCAACAGAGACUAUGCACGUUUGUGCUGUUGGUGUUCUCCCUCAUGGGGCUCGCCGUCGCACAGAAGCCAGCCAUAUCAUACUGCUCUUCCGUCAAUAAUGGGUUUUCAUAUCAAGCUAAAUCGGAUGAGUUCAUGACUACUGGCCUAUGCGCCGAUACUUGCCGUGGAUCCUACGCUAUGGCCAUUGUCCAAGGACACGACUGCUGGUGCUCAAACUAUGCUCCUACCAAUCAAGUCGAUACUCUCGAGUGCAACUCAGGAUGUCCAGGCUCCAGUGACGAAUGGUGCGGUAAUACCGACGAAGGUCUUUUCGGCUACUUCCAGAUUGCAUUGGGAACCGUCCUCGGCACAUCUGGAGGACCUAGCUCAGCAGCGCCUUCAACAUCAUCCAUCUCGUCAUCGACGAAUACUCCUUCACCAUCAAGAACAUCAGCCCCAGCCUCGGCCUCGGAUACUCCAUCCAUUGUGACCAGCUACAUCACCACUGGCGCAGGACCUCCCAGCACCGUGCUCGUCACGCAGACUCCGGUUCCUUCAGAAGAUUCUUUAGGCCAAUCUGCGACUGCCGGCAGUAAAGGUGGUGUGAGCGGCGGUGCCAUCGCCGGCAUCGUCAUAGGCGUCAUCGGUGGUCUAGCAGCAAUUGUAGCUGCCGUAGCGUUCUUCUGCUGGCGUCGACGCAAGCAGGAGCGGAGUAGGGAAAGUAGCUUCAGCGCUUCUAGGAUUGGUGGUGCAGGGCCCAGCAGCACUGUACCUACCACCAAUAGCGUGCCGUCACGACAGGUUAGUCAAAUGUCGCAAGCAGGCCUGCUUGGAUCGAAGGCACCACGCAUCAACACUACUGGGCUAGGUGGGAUGUAUGGUUCGGAUGCCCGAAGCCCAGAUGGGGUGAAUUCUGCAGUGGACCGUCGGAGUGUGGGCACUGAUCAGCGACUGAAUCCUUGGGCCAUCUAUAAGGCGGAUGACCAGGCUAGCAGCGUGUCAUUGCACGACGAGAGAGACUACUCGCGGCAAUUAAGAGUCGCAAAUCCCGAUGAGUGA